AUGACAGGCCUGCACCCCACCCACUACUGUGGGCCUUGCCAAGUCAGGGGUGCCACAGACCCUGUGGAGGAGCAAAUCCCCCGAUACACUGCCCCAGACCUGCGGGGAGUGCAGGCCCAAGCCUUGAGGAGCUGAAGCAGUGCAGUGUGGAGCAGGGCUCCUAUCUUCUUCUCUAGCUGGGAGGUGGACAUGCAGAUGAGGGUGACCAGGCUGGGGCACUAGGGAGCCCAGGGCAUGAGCCUGCUGCACAGCCCUGCAAGUCUCCAUAAAGAUGGAGCCAGCUGGGUGCUGGGCUCUUGUUACCAGGACUUCCGGAACUGGCUUCAGAUGCAGAUCACCUACUGGGGCGAAGUCUGCCCGUCACAGUCCUUGAACAGCAGCCUCUCACCCAGAGGUCUGGAUUUGGUCUGGGUCAAUGUGGAACCUCUGCUUUUUGCCCCUGGAAGUUUCUUUGGGAUCUCAGCAGCCACCAGAACCCUGGCAGACGACCAUGGUGUCUUGUCCUUCCUGACCUUCAGUUUGAGCCAGCCAGGUCCAGAGGCUCCACUGAAGCCCUUCCUGGAGAUAAAGCAGCUCCGCCCAGUGAGGCAGCUGGAAGAGCUGUGGGCAAGACCUGCCCUAGGCACCAGAGAAGACAUGAUUCCAAAGCUGAGCUCAAAGAGGGUAGGGGCCCAGGAAGCAGGGGAAAGAAUUUUUGACCUGGAGGAGACACUGAUCAGACGCAACCAGAUCUUGCAUGGUGUCUCUGAGCGGCUGGCCCAGCAAUUGGAAGAGCAGCUGGGGUUCCCAGGCCAGGCCAGGCCUGAGGGAGCCUGGAAGAAAGAGGUGUGCAGUGCCCUGGGGAAGGUGGACUCUGACAACAGAGGGGCUGUGCCCCGGGCCACAGAGAAGGGGCUUGCUUUUCUUCAGGACUCUGCUGAGCACCCUGAGCUGUGGACAGUGGACUUGCUCCAAGACCUGCAAGAGAUGAGGGAUGCAGCAACUCACAUAGCUCCAAGAGCCCAGGUCUUCUAUCUGCCUGUGGGCAUCAAGCAUCUUUUCUUAGAGUUGACUCGCCUGAGCCUCCUGCAGAAAAACCUUUGGGGCCCAGUGAAAGCAGCAGCCACGGACUCCUACCUACCUGGCCAGCCCCCAGGGGCCUCCUUGCGCCUGCAGCCUAGCAUCUUCCUGUUCUUCCUUCCUAUCUAAAUUGUAGGUUUCUUCUACUACAUGCACAUCAGGGAGGCCUUCCCUAUGGGCAGGACUUUCCACCCCUACCUGGCUUGGAGCAGGCUGGACAAGAGCCUUUAGGACUGUCUGGCCACAGGCAGCCUUUCCCUUAGUCCUGCCCCAUGCAUCCUUAGGGCCUGA